AGGUCAUGCAUGUGUCCAGCGAAUGAUGCCCCCACUCCGGCUGGUGUCCCCACUUCAUCUUCAAGAGUGAGCGGCCAUUUAAUGUAGCAACAACCGAUUGGGGCAACAGCGAGGAAUGGAGAGAACCUGCCGCCGAUACAGAGAUAACAAGCAGCGGUAGAAACUAAGCGGGCUCAUUGUCAGUAGCAUUCCACAGACUAUUCGGUAUCAUCUGUGCAUCGUCUUCGCUCUCAUCCAGUUUAAAUAAAAGCAGCGAAAUAGAGAGGAAAAAAUGGAAUGGUCUUCGUCGGGGUCAGACGACAGCGGAUCCGAGGGCGUGCUGGACGCGUCGCAGAUGGGAAACGCGGAGGCGGUGGCCGGCAACCUGGAGCGGCUCGUGCUGUCGGCCAGCGGUGACAAGCAGGAGAACCCGAAAACGAUGAGCCGCUUCCGCCGGCUACAUACGCUCAACCUCAGUUGCAAUGCCCUGACCGAGGUGCCGUCCGUCCUACAGCAAUGUGCCAAGCUUGAGAAACUGAGUCUCCGAUCCAACAGGCUUACCGACCUGCCCAAGUGGAUGGCUAGCCUGAAAAACCUGCGCCAACUGAAUCUCUCCGGAAACGGUCUUAAACAAUUUCCCUUGCCCAUCCUCGAGUUGACAAACCUCAAAUACUUGUAUAUGGGAGGAAAUGUAUUGGAAUCGCUUCCCUCAGCCAUAGACAAGCUGGAAAAUCUGCAGAUUUUGUACCUUGGUGGGAACCAAUUAGUGGAGGUGCCACACACUUUAGGAAACAUGCUGACCCUGACUGCGUUGGUUUUGUGCGACAACAAAUUGAGAGCGCUCCCUCAGUGCAUCGCGCAGCUGGAAAAUCUGCGUUCACUCCUGCUACAUAAGAAUCAGCUCCGUACGCUUCCUCAGGAAAUCGUCGGUUUAAGGGGAUUAAGAGAGCUGAGUCUACGUGACAACCCGCUGGUGGUGCGUUUUGUGCGCGACAUGGCCCAGCAGGUGCCCACCCUGCGCGAACUGGCUGCGCGUGUUGUCUCCUCGAAUCGGCUCCCAUACUCGACCCUGCCCCUUACCCUGAAGAAGUACCUUGACACUGCCCACCACUGCGUCAAUCCCAUGUGCCAGGGCGUGUUUUUCGACAGCCGCGUGGAGCACGUCAAAUUUGUAGACUUCUGCGGCAAAUACCGAGUGCCCCUUCUGCACUACUUGUGUUCCCAGCGCUGUGCCAACGGUCCGGACGCCGAUCUGCCCCCGGAGGCGGGCCAACGCCUUUUGCGCAAGGUGCUGCUUGGCUGAGUUUGGAGCAACAAACCAGGAAAUCUUGUUAUACGUCUAUAAAUAUACUUGUUGAGGGUGCGCAUCUCUUGCUUCCCGCUCUGACGCACCAACAAAUGAUAUUAACUCGCGUGCCAAAUUCACUGAGAGAAGGACAAACGUAUAAAUGUGUUUACGCUUUACAAACAGACACACGGUAUCUCUGCGCUAACGCUAACCGCCGGACGGGUGGUGGUUUUGUCGGUCUCGUCUGCGAGCUCAAGAGGUCUCUCUUAUCAUUCUUGUAAAAUCUGCACAAAGUUCAAACUAAAAAUGAUAGCAACAUCGUGAUACUAAUUUCUAUACACUAAACAAUAGUUGUACAACUCACAAUUUUGUAAUUAGACGAUACGGUGUAGUUUGGCAGAAAAAUAAAAGAUAUUACUUUGUACAGCAA